UUUCAUUUUCUUGCCUGAAUUCGUCGCGAUCGGUUCUUCUGGCUCUUGCAAUGGAAAUAUUCCUACGCCUUCUCGAUAUCUUCGUAAGGGCGAUUGCUUCGAUCGUCUGUCCACUUUUGGACAAGUAUGUUUAUCCUCCAAAAGCAGAGAGGACCCUCAUACCACCGAUCCGAAACUGCCUGCUCACCCUCAGCGUCCAGGAGCUACGCAGUCGCUUGCGAUCGCGACAGUUGACUUCUGUGGUGUUGGUGGGCGCCUAUAUCGAACGUAUCGAGUCUGUUAAUGCGCACUUGAAUGCGAUUGUGGAAUCUCGAUUUUCGGCUGCUCUCGAGGAAGCCGCCAAAGCCGAUGACCUCAUAGCCAGUUGCGAGUCUCCAGCAGAUGUGGAGAAGCUCUUUGAAGAACGUCCCUUACUGGGACUACCCGUCACAGUCAAGGAAUCCUGCGCCCUCGGCGGCAUGACCUUUGCCGUGGGUAGCUUGUCCCGCAAGGAGGUCAAGGCCCAGGCGGAUGGAGAGCCAGUAAAGCGUCUUCGAUCCGCUGGAGCUAUUCCCCUACUGAUCUCAGCCACGCCAGAGUAUUGCUUUAGUAUUGAAACUGAUACCUUGCUGAAUGGCCGCUGCCUGAAUCCUUACGAUUUUGAACGGACGCCAGGCGGAAGUUCUGGAGGAGAGGGAUCUCUAAACGGAGCUGGAGCCUCGCUUUUUGGCAUCGGCUCGGAUAUUGGUGGUUCAAUUCGCAUUCCCAGCUUGUAUUGUGGUGUCUUCGGGCACAAGCCUAGCGGAGGAGUUGUAUCCACAAAGGGCCACUUUCCCAACUCGACGGACUCGAAUAUCGAGCACUACUUGGUGGAGGGACCCAUAACCCGAUUCGCUGAAGAUCUGAAUGAUUUACUCAAAGUAAUGGCUGGCAAAGAUAAAUCAGCCAAGUUGCGCUUAGACAAGCCUGUUCAAUUGAAUCAAAUCAAGGUCCAUUAUGCACUGGGAUUUGAAGGUGUCAACGGUCUGAUGCACCAGCCAGUGGAUGAGGAUAUCAGAAAUGCCAUUUGCAGGGCCACAACCCAUUUGAGUACACUCGGCUUGGAGGUGAAGCGAGCCAAGUUAUCAAAUCUAAAGAAUUCCAUGGAAGUGGCUCUUUCUAGUAUCGCUAAACAGGAUGGCAUGGAUUAUCUCCUGGAAGCUGAGUGUUCGGCAGAAAGUUCGGGCUUAGUGCGCAAGAUUCUGUGGGAGAUUUUGAAAAGUCUAGGAGGUAAAUCGAUCUAUACUACCAACGCCCUGAUCUUCGAACUCAUGCGACAGACGAAUGCCUUUAUGUCAAGAUCAAGGGUCAAUAAAUAUCUGGAGGAAGGGCACUACCUGAUUGGCGAGUUUCGAGAUCUUCUCGGGGAUAACGGAGUGUUGCUCUUUCCCACCUUAAACUUACCUGCUCCAAGGCACAAGUGGUCCAUAUUUUCACUCUGGGGCGUCGACUAUACACUGAUCUUCAACGUACUUGGACUGCCCGUCACUCAUGUGCCAAUUGGUCUGAAUGAGCGGGGACUCCCCAUAGGAUUUUCCGUGGUUGCGGCACCAAAUCAGGAUCGAUUGUGCCUUCGAAUGGCCGUGGAGUUGGAGAGAGCAUUUGGGGGAUGGAAGCCACCCACUCCGCACGAUAUUGACAAUUAAGAAAAGUCAUUGAAAACGGGAUAAUCUGAAAGACUCAGG